GAGCUCUUACUCCCUCACAUAUUCACCUAAUAUCUCAUUCCCUCUUAUCACAUUCAAAGCAGAAGAAACAGAAGAUCCAGAAGAGAGACAAAGAAAAAAAAGGACAAAUCAACACCACAACCAGCAGCAGCAGGCCACUCGUCGAUCCAUCUAUCCGUCCACUUCAACUAUCUUGAUCGUCCAUUUGUUGAUCGACCCAGCCGGCAAUGGUGAAGACUGAGGAGAAGAUACAAUCCGAGCAAUCCAAACCGACGCCAUCUCCAUCUUCAUGUAAUAAGAAAAGGAAGUACAAGGGUGUGAGGAUGAGGAGCUGGGGGUCAUGGGUGUCUGAAAUCAGAGCACCCAAUCAGAAGACAAGGAUAUGGCUCGGCUCUUAUUCUACGCCAGAAGCAGCUGCAAGAGCCUACGAUGCUGCACUGUUAUGUCUCAAGGGUUCUUCAGCCAACCUCAACUUCCCAAUCUCUUCCUCACAUUACAUCCCCGACACCAUUAUGUCCCCCAAAUCCAUUCAAAGAGUUGCAGCUGCAGCUGCCAAUAAUACUACUUUGGAUAGUGUCACCACUCCUACCACCCCAUCAUCGCCUCCGCCUCCGCCUCCCUCCUCCACACCGUCGCCAUCGCCGUCGCCCUCCUCUUCGUCCUCUGAUCACAAUGACGAGGACGUCUCCUUGUUCUCAGGCUCAGCAGGUUACAAUAUGUAUGAAGCUGAAGAACAGCUACGUGCGAUUGAUUCGUUUUCAUGGAUGGACUUCAUUGACCCACAAUCACCCAGGUAUUCUUGCCAAAUGUUCUGUCCUGGAACCUCGUUUUCUCCUCCUGCAAUCGAAGAAUUCUAUGAAGAAGGUGAUAUUCGUCUGUGGAGCUUCUGCUAAACAAUACCCAAUUCCAAACCAACCUCCAUUGGUCUUCUUCAUGGUUCAUAAUUUCUCGUUUUGAUACAUUACUGACGAGUGACAACUUUCUUCUAUGUAGUUCUUUAGUCUAUGUCAACUAGGAGGAGAAGUUCACAAUGGGACAACGUUUUUUGGUCUCUACUGUUCCUACAUAUUGAUGUAUAAAAUAUAAACUGUCAGAAACUCUUGUAGUUACCGGGGAUUUCAUUCAAGUUUAUUUCAUGUACUGGAAUAAGAGGGGAAGAAGAAUUCAUCUCCCAUUCCUUCUUGCCAAUUCAAUUGUAUUAAGUCUUACUACUUUAGAUGGAAAUGAUGGUCUACAUUUUUCUUCUUUUUUUUUU